AGCCCAUCCCAUCCCAUCCCAUCGCAUCGCAUCGCAGGCGUUGCGGCUCGCCCGGCAGCAUGCGGGACUACGAGGAGCUGAGCGCCUUCCUGGGCGAGUGGGGCCCGUUCCAGCGCCUCAUCUUCUUCUUGCUCAGCGUCAGCAUCAUCCCCAACGGCUUCAACGGCAUGUCGGCCGUCUUCCUGGCCGGCGUGCCCGAGCACCGCUGCGCGCUGCCGCCCGGCGCCAACCUGAGCAGUGCCUGGGCCGACGCCAGCCUCCCCCGCGAGCAGCGCGGCGGCCGCGACGUGCCCAGCCGCUGCCGCCGCUACCGCCUGGCCGAGCUGGCCAACUUCUCGGCGCAGGGGCUGCGGCCCGGCACCGACGUGGACCUGGCCCGCCUGCCGCAGGAGCGCUGCCUGGACGGCUGGGAGUACAGCCGGGACGUCUACCACCACACCAUCGUCACGCAGUGGAAUCUGGUAUGUGACGAUGAUUGGAAAGUCCCACUAACCACCUCCUUGUUUUUUGUGGGGGUGCUGAUUGGAUCCUUUGUAUCGGGACAGCUCUCGGACAGGUUUGGCAGGAAGACUAUUCUCUUUGCAACCAUGGCUGUGCAGACUGGCUUCAGCUUCCUGCAGAUCUUCUCUACCAGCUGGGAGAUGUUCACAAUACUGUUUCUUAUAGUUGGAAUGGGACAGAUCUCUAACUACGUUGUGGCCUUCGUAUUAGGCACAGAAAUUCUUGGCAAAUCAGUUCGUAUUAUAUUCUCUACAUUAGGAGUUUGCAUAUUUUUUGCAAUUGGCUACAUGUUGCUGCCACUAUUUGCUUACUUCAUCAGAGACUGGCGGAUGCUGCUACUGGCUCUUACUGUACCUGGGUUGUUCUGCGUUCCACUGUGGUGGGUCAUUCCUGAAUCUCCCCGGUGGCUGAUCACUCAGAGAAGAUUUCAAGAGGCAGAAGUCAUCAUCCGAAAAGCUGCAAAGAUGAAUGGCGUUACAGCCCCAGAUGUGCUGUUUGACCCUGUGGAGAUGCAGGACUUGAAUCUGCAGCAACAGCAGACGGCUGAUCUCUUUGAUCUUUUCAGAAACCAAAACAUCGCAACAAUCACUGUUAUGUCCCUGCUUUUGUGGAUGCUGACAUCAAUUGGUUACUUUGGACUGUCACUCAGCACUCCUAACUUACAUGGAGAUGCCUACGUCAAUUGUUUCCUCUCAGCUGUCAUUGAAGUUCCAGCCUAUGUGAUUGCUUGGCUGCUCCUCCGGAUCCUGCCUCGGCGGUAUUCGAUAGCUGGCACCUUGUUCUUAGGAGGAGGAGUUGUUCUCUUCAUUCAGCUGGUGCCCACAUCCCUUCACAUCCUGUCAGUCAUCCUAGUAAUGCUGGGGAAGUUUGGGAUCACCUCGGCAUUCUCCAUGCUCUAUGUCUACACUGCUGAGCUCUACCCAACCAUAGUAAGAAACAUGGCCGUUGGAGCUACCUCCAUGUCUUCCAGAGUGGGCAGCAUCAUUGCACCUUACUUUGUCUACCUUGGUGCCUAUGAUAGAUUCCUGCCUUACAUUCUCAUGGGAAGCCUGACUGUACUGAUAGGGAUUGUUACUCUGUUCCUUCCGGAAAGCUAUGGAAAUCCUCUCCCCGAAAACUUGGACCAGAUGCUGAAAGUAAAAUGUUUCAAAACCAGACAGCGAAACAGCAACAUGAAGAAUAUAAAAGAAGCUCAAGAAAACCAUGAGAUUGAUCAUCCUGUCGUGAUUAAGGCUGUGCAUAUCCAUGAGAUCUGAAAAACACCAAGGAUGUCUCCAAAUGAAUUUCCUACUGGGAAAAAAAAUCGUAAUUAACACUAUAGGAGCUCUAUAAUUAUGACCCUACAAACCAUGGUGCUAUUGCACCAAAUACAUUUUUUAGCUAUGUAGAUGCCAUCUACUUUCAUUGGAUUCCUGAGAAAGAGUCAUGAGUGUCCUGAUUUUCAGAGGUUUCAAACAACUGCAAUCUUCAUUGAGACGUUGGGAGCUGCAAGUGUGGUACACUUUUGAAAAUCGGGACACUCAUGAGCAUUAAGAACAAUGACAACACUGACUCCAUGAAUCUUGGAUUCAAAAGCUGCUUAAGGGUGAAUUACAAGACCAAAUAACGUGGGUAUUUUCCCAACUAUGCAAAUUUACUGAUCAAAUGGGAACUGCGUGCCUGUCUUCUGACUCCUUUGAAGGGUACAUAAGUAUUUUACGGGACAGAUCCUAGCCUCAUUUGAAGUCUGUGGCUAAACUCCAGCUGACGUUCCUAGCAAAGCACACGUGUGCCCUUUGAAUUACAACAAGUACAUUUUAAAGUAAGAUGGUUGGAACCUCUUUUAGAUUUUGUUCACUGGACAGUAUUAUGAAUUCCCCCAAAAGCUGAUAUCUUGGAAAAAGUGUUCUUUGCAAGCGUGCACGCACGCACGCACGCGCACACACACACACACCCUUCUUCAGGCACAGAGAGAGUCUCUCUAUUCAUGAAGAAGGUCUUUGUGCCCAAAAGCUUGCAAAGAAUAAUUUUUCCAACUAUUUACUUGGUCUAAUAAAAGAUAUCACAUUUACCCAAAGAACCUUGUCUGCCUCUGUCCUUAGCACAACAUGGCUACAACCAACACUUCCAAAAGCUGAUGCUUUUUCAGAGAGACCAAGUGACCCCUUGAAUCAUAGAAAAAUAGAAGGGACCCUCCAGUCCAACCCUGCUGUGCAGAGCAAAAUCAACCUUAUUUAAAUCUCUUAUCAAAAUCAAUUUGCUUAUAUAGGCCUAGAGUAAGCAGGCCAGUGAUCAAGAUAAAGAACACAGCUUCCCAAUCCGUUAUCCCCACUUGCAAAAGAAAUGUAGACCUUUGCAGAUAAAUUGCUUUUUAUUAAAAAGAACUGUAGUUGUAAUUUUAAGCUCAAGGUGUGUCUUUUCACUGGUGAAUGAGUAUAGCCAAUUCUUAGUAUGUUCUUUUUUUAGAAGAAAGUUUCAGUUCCUCAGUUCCACUUUUAAAUAUAUACAGUAAAACCCGUGUUAUCUGGCACUUCAUUAACCAGCAUGCUCUAUUAACCAGCAUGCUGGUCAACACAGGAAAUUGAAACCGAAAGUCCCAUGGCGAAUUUAUUGAUUUAAACUAAUGAAGUUUACAUGUAAUCCAAUGUGUCUGGAAGGGAUUGUUCUCUCUAGGAUGUGCAGGGGAGGGGCGACACGGUGCUGUCCCCCAGCACACUGAUGCACUGGACACGGUGGGAGGCAGGCAAAGACGUCUCUCCGGUAACCAGCAUUUAGGUUAUCCGGCACCUCCUAUUUCCCUUGGGUACCAGAUAACAGAACUUUUGCUGUACCAUGUUGUACCUAGUGUAUUUAGAAAAAUUCACCCCAGUGUGAAGAGUCCCCACAAGAAUCUUACCUCCCCAGAAUCCUACAUUCUGCACUGGAGAUAAAAUUUCACUUAUAGUGAAAUUUUUAUGAGGGUUAAUCUGGAACCAUAGUUAAUUUCCCAAAAAAGGUUUAAUGUUUAAUGUUAAAAAUGGUUUAAUGUUCCAAAAAAAAAAAAAAAGCACUAAUAAAGCUGGAGUUUCUUUUGCAAAAUCCUUAUACUGUAAAUGGAUAUUUAAAAAGUUAACACAAACAUAGAUGAGUAGCCAAAUUAUUGUCUGCAGUGCAGGACACUAUAAAGCUGUUUCCUUAUUUCCCUGGAAAUGCUAUAAGCUUUCAAAUUCCAUCCUAUAUAGUGUUCCUCAGGAUUGUAGAAGCACAGCCUUUCUGAAAAAGCAGCCCAGUAUAUAGCUAAUCAACUUCUGGUAUGUCAUUCCCACUUGCAGAAGAAAUUUGGUCUGCUGCAAAUAAACCACUUUUUAUUAUGAAAAGAAAAUAGUUGUAAUUUUUAAAUAUAAUAUGUAUUCUCUUGCUUCUGAAUGAUCUUAGGCAUUUUAUAUAUCCUUUUUAUAAAGGCUCCAUCUGGUUUUAGUAUUCGUUGUUAAAAAAAAAAAUGAAUUAAGUGUUACAGCUUCAGUCUCCAACUUUUGAAAAUCAAGUUGCUUUUCUAUAAACACUAGUGCCAUAAUGAUGAUGUAGUAUGAGACAAGCCAUAUCUUAUGAUACUUGCCACAAUGUUCAUCUUUGCAAACAGAAUUUUCUUGAAUAAUACGAUCAUAUUUAAAGAUGUAAAAUGAAUUACAUUUUUUCUUUUUAAAAAAACCUCAGUAUUUAGAUUCUUUCAAUUACUUUAAUUGUAUAUUAGCAUGGGAUGGGCUUGUUUACAUCAGAUGUGGGGAUUUAGCUCAGUGUAUCAUGGCCAUGUUUUUAUGAAAAUAUUUUGUAUAAAAAGUUGAUGUUUUGUGUGAUCAUAGACUUUGGAUAUUUCUAGAUCCUACUGAAAUCUUUUUAUAAUCUUCUACUUUUGAAGGAUAAUAAAAAGGUUAAUUUUUCCUUUUCUAUUAUUAAUGUUUUUAAUGCCCCAUUUUGAAUCGGUUCAUUUUCUGGCUUGUGGGUACUGAUACACUUACCACAGCUAGGUAAGUGUCUCAAGUUCUAAUAGGCUUUUUUGUUUUAUUAGAAUGUUUUUAAAUUUUUAACAGGAGGGGACUUUCCAGUAAAACAGUGUUAUAUAAUAGACUUCAGAGCUGUGUCCAAGCCAAAUUAACAAACAGGAGGAAUGUGAUUGUCUCAUUGGAUAGAGCAUUUGCAAGGGAAAUGUUAUUCCACUGCCAGUAAAUCUGUCAUUGAUGCCCACAAAAGUGCAGUCCAAAGAUCAUGAUUUUGUGUCAGGUUCAAGGGUUGCAAGGAAGCUUAAGCAACUGGCAUAUUUAUUAUUAUUUCUUAGUUAAAAUGUUGUAACCUAAGAGAAUUGCAUGGGUCUAAAAUGCUGCUGGCAAGCUUUAAUUUAUUCUCAGUGAGUUGGUUCAACUUUUCACUGCAACUUUCAUGAUAGGCCAUCUGCCUGUCCAGUGUAGCUGCCUUAUAAAUCCUUGAAGAAACAUUACAAGAUGGGACUUAAUGUACAUUUAUGGGUUGGAUAUCCUUGUAAAGCAGUGCUUGGGAGUUGGGAAGGAAUUGGGAAGGGAAGAGCAUUAGCUGUACCAUGCCCACUGAUUUCAGAGGGAGUUUCAUUAUUUUUCAUGUAUUGCUCUGAUUUUGUAUGUACCCUGCUGUAUCUAUAGUUUUCUGUCCCCAGUGGGAUCUGACACGACAUACUGCAACUGUUAAGUUAUAAGUGGCAACUGCCACAUUUCCACUUGUUAUGUUGUUUAUUGUGAUAAAUACUUGCACUGAUUUAUGAAAUAACCUAUUUUUUCUGUGCGUCAUAAAUGAAGAGUGAAGCCUCUUGCAUAUUAGCACUUUGUGAACAGGAAGUCUCAGGGAGUCAUUUAAAGUAUGUUUAGCAGGAAUUAAGUAUGCAAAAACAAUAAGUGGAGUUCUAAGGUGAGCUCUCCUGAAUGAGAGAACUGCCAAGAUUAAGGGUUGGUUUUUAUUUUUUUACAUAAUCUUGACAGUGCUCUUUUGAGAUAACUGGAUCAUAAGGCCCUGAACCUGCAAGCUAGUUAGUUUAGGCACAGAUACCCUUUUGCUAAUCUUAAAGCCAUUUUGAAGACACUGAGUUUCAACCUGGGCACAAAAGGGGUGCUUACAGACAUGGAAAAAAAAACGGUGCUUUACUUCCAGCUUGGCAUGCCCCAGCUCUGAGCGUAGCCCAUGCCCAGAAGAGGAAUCAUAUCAUUUUGACCCCACUCGCCCAGUGUCUGUAUAGCUCAGGCACUUUGGCAGGGCUUCUUGGUGCUUGUAUCUAGUGAGCAUAAAAUAAAAGCACCACAGAACUGUGCAAGCUAUACAGAUGCUGGGGAGCCAGGUCAACCUGAUGCAAUUCCUCUUCCAGUAAAGCGCUGUUUUUGAGGGGGUUUACUAUGGGUGUCAGCACUCCAGGUCAUUACCGGCAUUGAUCCAUUUGGAGGGGGUCAAAUGCUUAUCUCAUAGUGGAAUUUCAAGACAAUAAUUCUAGACUUUCAGUUUACACAGCAACCUUGUCUCCCUGUGGUAAUUGAGUGUGCAAAUAUUCCCCAAGCUAAGAAUUUCCUAAAUUUCCUACUUCAGUAUACUUGGCUUUUCAAAGGCUGUUUUUCAUUUUUCAUUUGGACUUGCAAGACAAGGUAUCUUAUUAUGUUGCUUGUCAAGAUGCACAUCUAGACAUUUGUGGGAUGUUUCUAAACAUUUGUGGGAUGUUUUGUUUUUAUGUCGUGGUUUUUAUGUUGGCUCAUACUUAUAUAUGUCAUAAAUCUGUAACAUUAAAACUUAAUGGCAUCAAA